UAGUUUGAGAAUGGGAUCUUGGGGGGGACUUGGCGAGACCGCAAUCUUGAUUAUUAUGAUUUAUUAUCAAUUUUGGUGUGGUCUCGUUAGUUCUAUCAGUGAAUAAACAAUCAGUCGGGAUGAUCUAUAUUAUACCUAGCACGCCCUAAAAUCUUCAGGGCGACUAUCGUACGGCAAGUCUAGACGUUAUUAAUUCUACCAGGAGCCUCCUAGUGCACGCCCGAUGCUGUCAUAUAGAUAGUUGAGAUCUCCCACCCAUUUGUUGAUCUUCCUUUGGAUUGUUCUGAACAUCAUCCCUCUACUCUCCUGCUUUUCCCCCACCUCUUCUUUCCAGACUUUGGCACCUGUCUGUCUUCCUUGCAAAAGGAUUUUGAUACCAACAGAUAUUUCCAAAGAUGGCGGCACAUAUUUCACGAGAUUACUCGCCCUCGAGUGCAGAGAAAGCAAGCUAUCCCAUCGAGCACGCACGAGAAGGCAUUCACGAUGCCGGUGAAGAUAAUGAUCCAAGUCACCACCUUCAUCGAGGUUUGAAGUCUCGACAAAUUACUAUGAUAGCAAUCGGUGGUGCUAUUGGAACUGGAUUGAUUAUUGGAACGGGAAAAGCCCUUGCUCAGGCAGGCCCAGCGCCACUCUUGAUAGGCUACUCGCUCGUUGGAUUAUUGUGCUUUUUGGUCAUGGCAGCUCUCGGUGAGAUGGCUGCUUGGCUGCCUUUGGCAAGUGGAUUUACCGGUUAUGCUACCAGAUUUGUUGAUCCCGCUCUAGGAUUCUGUUUAGGAUGGAACUAUUGGUUCAAAUACAUCAUCGUCACUCCUAACAAUCUCACAGCCGCAUCUUUAGUUAUACAAUACUGGUUACCAAGAGAGAAAGUCAAUCCCGGUGUCUUCAUUGCUAUAUUCUUGGUUGCCAUCGUUUGUAUCAACUAUUUCGGUGUGAAAUUCUUCGGAGAAUUCGAAUUCUGGUUGUCAAGUAUCAAAGUUGUUGUGAUCCUCGGUCUCAUCAUCUUAAGUUUAGUACUUGUAUGUGGAGGAGGACCGGAUCAUCAGGCAACUGGAUUCAAAUACUGGAAGGAUCCUGGAGCGUUCCAUGAAUACAUUUUGUCUGGAAACUCUGGUCGAUUUCUCGCCGUCUGGUCUACUUUCACUACUGCCGUCUUCGCCUUCUUGGGCACAGAACUCGUUGGUGUAACAGUAGGAGAAGCUGCCAAUCCACGCAAAGUGAUUCCAAAAGCUAUCAAGCUCACUUUUUACCGAAUUCUCCUCUUUUACGUCGUGCUCGUCUUCUUCCUCGGCAUGCUCGUCCCAUACAAUUCCAAACUACUUCUCGACAGUAAUACAAAGAGCAACAGUGCCUCUGCCUCGCCAUUCGUAGUCGCCAUCAAGAUCAGCGGUAUCCAAUUCCUCCCCGCCAUCUUCAACGCUUGUAUCCUCAUCUUUGUCUUCUCGGCGGCAAAUUCUGAUCUCUACAUUGCCUCCCGCACACUAUAUGGUCUUGCCGCCGAGGGAAAAGCUUUCAAGAUCUUCAAACGCACCGAUAGACGUGGCGUUCCCAUUUAUGCCCUUGGACUCAGUACUGCAUUCUGUCUCCUCGCUUUCUUGGGUGUUAACACAGCUUCCUACACCGUCUUUGGCUACUUCGUCAAUCUCGUCACUAUGUUCGGUCUCCUCACCUGGAUUUCCAUCCUCAUUUCCCACAUCUACUUCGUUCGCGCUCGUCGUGCUCAAGGAGUUCAAAACACCGAAAUGGCAUACGUAGCACCCCUCGGUAUCUAUGGUUCCUACGGUGCUCUUGCAUUCUGUAUCCUCAUUGCCAUCUUCAAGGGAUUCGCACUAUUCUGCUACAAAAAGACCGCCAAGGCAGGCACCAAACCCGUCUUUGAUCACUCAACUUUCAUCACUACAUAUCUAGGUAUUCCAUUGUACUUUAUCAUGUUUUUCGGAUACAAAUACACAAUGAAGACCAAGGUCUUGAGGCCCGAAGAAGCUGAUCUCUUUACUGGAAAGGCGAGAAUUGAUGCAGAGGAGCAAGAAUAUUUGGCGCAAGAGGCAGCUAGAAAGGGUAGUAAUCAGGAGACAAAGGGGGAGCGAAUCUAUAGAUUGACACUUGGCUGGGCCUUUUAGAUUCUCGGUAAAGAGAGGACAGGAGUUGAUCAGAAGUAAGGGGCGAUGUUUAAUCAUGAUUUCCAGAUAUUGGAUAUGAAUAUAAUGAAUUUUAUGAAGAUGAAGCUUUACA